CACACAAAGGAGUUAGAGGGGAGAGUGUGUGCGCUGAUUGAAGAAUGUCGAAAGAAAAAAGUCAAGAUGACAGAUAAAGAACUCGACAAAGAAUUUGAUAAAAUGUGGAACAAAACAGAAAAGGAACUCUCCUUUUCACAAAUUACAGUAAAUAACAUUUACACCAGUGUACGCAACAACCUGAAAACAAAUAUAUCACCCAAGGGAAGUCAUGCGUGCAAAUUGUUGAGUCAAAAAAAGCUGGAGGACUGCGGACACGUGCCUUUUACAUACACACCGGAAGGAUUCUACAACCGAUUUAAAGACAAAAUGAGCAAGAUGCUGAACAUUCCAGGUCACACAAAGGCUGUACAACAAAUGGCUGACAGCAUCAUUGCAGAUUGCACACAGCUUGUCAGUGCCAAAAUGGAAAGAAAAAGCAAUUACCAUGACACCUACAUCCAGGAGAUUUUAAAUUUCAUCGAUGAGAGUCUCCAAAACAAGCAGGGUGUUGAGACAGACAUUGACUUUGAAGUUUCUCUGAAACAGCACAUCUGUGGAAUUGCAGCCAGACAGUUUCAGAAAAUGCAUGAAGACUUCAUACAUGAGAAUGAUCCCUACAGAUGUCUGAAUCGAAAC